ACAGCUCUCUGUACGGCAACACGAAAAAAUGGUAACUUGGCCGCCACGGAUAGAAAAGGGAAGGCUGAAAUAGUGCCCAGUGCGGCUUUAGGUGAACCUUUCCAAGAACAAUUAUACACGUUACUGCUCGCGUCGACACACACUCACACGUUACCGCUUGGUGGAGGGCUAACACGUCGCCUCGAGUAGGGGGGUUUGUACCCUGGUUGUUGGGGAGAAAAAGGUAAACCUGUUGCUGCUCCGCACAGAGCUCCUCCAACUCUCAAGAUGUUGCAUUGUGGAUGGGAUGGCGUUGGGGCUCGUCGGUCUGCCCGCUCCUGAGCCUGUUCGGAGUACGAGCCGCUCUUCCUCCAGCUCGUUUCUGACCUACCCUGCCCCGGGAAGAUGCAUGUGUCCCUGGCCGAGGCCCUGGAGGUCCGCGGGGGCCCGCUCCAGGAGGACGAGGUCUGGGCAGUGCUCAGCCAGAGCGCAGAGAGCCUCCACGAGCUCUUCCACAAAGACCCCUCAGCCAUGGGCUUCAUCAUCUCCCCCUGGUCCCUGCUGCUCAUGCCCUCGGGGAACAUCUCCUUCACCGACGAGAACGUCACCCAGCAGGACCUGAGGGCCUUCACGGCCCCCGAGGUCCUUGAGGGGAUCCCCUUGGCCUCCGUCUCGGACAUAGAGAAGAUGCACAUGUACUCACUGGGGAUGACCCUGUUCUGGGGAGCGGACUACCAGAUCCCCCACAGCCAGCCCAUGAAGCUGGGCGAGCACCUCAACAGCCUGCUGCUCAACAUGUGUGACGACAUCACGCUCAGCCGCAUGUCGGUGCGCACCGUGCUGGACAUCUGCAGCAAGCACAUCCGCAACUCGUCCUGCGAGCCGCCCUUCGCCUACGUCAGGAAGCUGGUCCGCCUGGUGCUCGGCAGCCUCUCCCAGCUGGACGGCCUGCUGACGGACAGAGAGUCUCUGCCAGAGCGCAGCAAGGAGAUCCGGGAGAGGCUGCGGGGGAAAGGUCUGCCCUCUGGGCGGGGUGCUGCCUCCAGGGUCCUGGAGCGCUACCGCGUGCGCACCCAGGAGCAGGCCUCUCUGAACCGGGGCAUGAGCCGCUCCAUGAGCUCCCUCCCCCUCCUGGACCCGCAGAGCCAGGACGAGACCUACCCCCUGCAGUACUCCCCGUCGGACUACCCCCCCCACCCCCAGGACCCCCUGCACCUCCUCCACCACCACCACCACCACCAGCACCACCAGGGCUCCGAGUCCACCUCAGACCUCUACUCCAAGAGCCAGCCGCUCCGGGGGCAGCACUCCCAGCCCCACCUGCACGCCUUCCAGCCCCAGCUGCGCUCGCGGCCCGUGGAGCUGGACCAGCGCUCGCUGCAGUACUCCGGGCUGCCCCGCAAGACGUGGGCGUCGUCCGUGGACCUGGCGUGCAUCGACCCCGACGCCCUGCGCUUCGGGGCGCUGGAGGACGCGCGCCGCGGCAGCAGCGCACUCAGCACCCAGUCGGUGGGCCGGCGGCGGGCGUCCGCGGCCCGGCCGGCGCCCGCCGACGCCGAGGCCCGCUACUCGGAGUUUGGCGGCGGCCUGGGCGGCGGCGGCGGAGGGCUGAAGGGCAGGAAGCCCCAGCACCACCGCUCGGCCCAGUCGGUGGCUCUGACGGGGGCCUACGACCGGAUCAAAGAGAAGCAGAGGAAGCUGCAGGUGCUGAGGCAGGCAAUAGAUGACCCGCUCCACACCCACCAGCGUUACCACAGCGACUACAGCUCGUCCAGUGAGAGCCCCUCCGUCACCUCCUCCGACCCCGAGUACAGACAAGUUAAGAAACCGGAGGAGGGCGUGAGGCGGUAUGGGUCACAGGCGGCCCUCGCCGACCACGACGCUCUGUCCCUGGCCAGCCACAACGCAUACAGGCACAGGUUGUACGAUGGGCCGGCGUCAGACGAGGGUCUGGCGGGGGCGGAGCUUCUCCUGCGCAGCCAGGAGGAGGAGGUGCAGAGGCUGCAGGCCCACCUGGCCGUCAGGCUGUCCCGGGCCAACCUCUACAUGCCUGACGAGAUGUCGCCGGCGUCCCGCGCCUCGGUGGCGGACCUCCAGGGGGACCCCUUCAGCACGCCCACGCACGGCCAGCGCAAGGCCAAGUCUUUCUACGGCCCUGAGUUCGUGAAGAUGACAAGCGAGCCUUGUGUCUCCUUGACGGUGCCCUCGUCCAUCAUGAAGAGAGGCAAGGGCGAGGAGGUCCAGAGGAAGGUGGGGGUGGCUCUGCUGAACGGGCAGCGCUUGGAGCUGGGCUGCGACCUCAAGGCCGUGUGUAAAGACGUGCUGGACAUGGUGGUGGCGCACGUGGGGCUGGUGGAGCACCACCUGUUUGGCCUGGCCUACCUCAAAGAUAACGAGUUCUUCUUCGUGGAUCCUGAUGCCAAACUGACCAAGGUGGCCCCAGAGGGCUGGAAGGAGGAACCCAAGAAGAAGAAGUCUGACGUCCCCUUCAACCUGUUCCUACGCAUCAAGUUCUUCGUGGACGACGUCAGCUUCAUACAGCAUGUGAUGACGAAACACCAGUACUACCUUCAGCUGCGGAAGGACAUCCUGGAGGAGAGGCUGCGCUGCGACACAGAGAACGCCAUGCUGCUGGCCUCUCUGGCCCUGCAGGCAGAGUUCAGCGACUACCAGCCCGAGCUGCAUGGGAAGACGUACUUCAGGCUGGAGCACUACCUGUCCGUGUCGGUGCUGGAUAAGCUGGAGCAGGCGGCCGUCAAGGAGAAGCUGCCCAGGCUCCACAGCAACUACUACGGGGUACCCGAGGGCCAGGCCGAGCUGGAGUUCCUCAAGGUGAGCCAGCGGCUGACGGAGUACGGGGUGCACUUCCACCGCGUGCUCCCGGAGAAGCGCUCCCAGACGGGCAUCAUGCUGGGCGUCUACUCCAAGGGGGCGCUCAUCUUCGAGGUGCUCAACGCCAACCGCACCCCUGUGCUGAGGUUCCCCUGGCGAGACACCAAGAAGAUCUCCUUCACGAAGAAGAAGAUCUGCCUCCAGAACAUGUCUGACGGCAUCAAGCACCUGUUCCAGACGGACAGCAACAAGACGUGCCAGUACCUGCUGCAGCUGUGCUCAGACCAGCACAAGUUCCACCUGCAGAUGAAGGCCCGGCAGAACAACCAGGAGCAACAGGAACUCGAGAACAGCCCCCUGGCCAGCAUGCAGUACUCCCUGGACCCCCAGGGGGAGCCCCUGAGCCGGGCGGGCGGCCCCGGCAGCCUGACCCCCAGCUCCACGCGCUCGGACCCCGAGCUCUUCAAGAGGAUCUCCUACUCGGAGGCGGCGCUCCACAAGGCGCUCUCGGGCCAGCUCACCCCCCAGGACGAGCCCCCACUCUUCCCGGGCUUCGUCCCGGCCUCCUCCUCCUCCUCUUCCUCCUCGGCCAUGCACACCAACCCCCGCCUGAUGAGCCGCUCCCACCACAACCUGGGCCAGGUGCCCGAGUCCCCGGAGCACCGUGCCGCCGCCGCCGCCCUGGGGCUGGCUGCCGGUGGUGGGGGGGGGGUGUUGGGCUCCCAUGGAGGCCUGGGCCCAGCGCUGUACCAGCAGAAGCAGCCCUACCAGCAGCACCAGCGCACCAGCUCCCACACAGACUCCCUGUCCUUCUCCGGGACGCACCCGCAGGACAAAGGGUUUGGCCCCGCCCCCACCAGCAGCAGCCCUCUCUGGAACGCCGGGCGGUUCCAGAAGGAACCGGACUCGGCAGACGACGCCGCGGGCCAGGCCUACGUUGUAGAACCCCUCAAGAAAAAGCUCAAUGCCCUGCCAUCGCCCGAGAGAGAGAUCAAAACUGUCAACCUGAAGAAAGACGUUAAAUACGGCCUGGGCUUCCAGAUCACGGGGGGAGAGGACUCUGGUCGGAUGGACUUGGGUACCAUCGUCAGCGCCAUCACCCCAGGAGGCCCGGCGGACCUCAACAGCUGCCUCAAACCCGGCGACCGGCUGCUCUCGGUGAACAACGUGAGCCUGGAGGGCCUCCCGCACGCCGCCGCCGUGGAGGUCCUGCAGAGUGCCCCUGAUGACAUCACGCUGGUGGUGUCCCAGCCCAAGGAGAGCCUCUACCAAGGAACACCCUUGGCCUAUGGUGCAUACCAGGCCGUGCCAUCGGUCAAAGUUCCUUCCUCCCUCCAGAGGCAGGCACUUGACCUCGACUCUUCCUCGGAGGAACUCGUGGACGCAGAAAGCCCCCGGCCCCAUCCCCGCUCCCACGCCGCUGCCCCUCACACGCCCACCCCUCCUCCGUCCUCCGCCUCCCCUCUCCGCCACAACACCAGCUUGAGCUCCCAGGACUCCAGGGCCAGCAGCAGCAACGCCAGCCACUUCCCCACGAAGCCCACCACCACGCCCAACGGAAUCCUCCAGAAGCUGGUGAAGCUAGAGGCGGAGGGGAACGUCGCCCUCGACCCGUCGAGUCCCAACCAGCAGAGUACAGCAGAAGCCGGGCCCGUGGUCCCGGAGGUACUGCCGCCCGCCCUCCCGCCGAAAACCAGGAAGGCCAAAGUCCCGGAGGCGCCCAAGGUGACGGAAACCUCAGACUGGGGGGACUCGGACAUGGACGAGGACACCUGCUCUAGUGGUCCCGAGAAACAGGGGCUGGGAAAGGACGCGUACGGCAGUGCAGAGCACUUAAGUGGUAAAGGCCCAGGGGUCAGUAGUCUCCUCCCGGGAGAUCUAUUUGACGUUGAGCUGUCCAAACAGGACAGCGGCCUGGGCAUAAGUGUCACGGGCGGGGUCAACACGACUGUCCGUCACGGGGGAAUCUAUAUUAAAGCCAUCAUACCAAAUGGAGCCGCGGAGAUGGAUGGCAGAAUACAGAAAGGUGACCGCGUGGUGGCGGUGAACGGUAGAAGCUUGGAGGGGGCCACGCACGCCGAGGCAGUAGAGGCCCUCAGAGACACCAUGAAGAGCGUGCACUUGCUGCUGGAGAAGGGCCAGCCGCCGGCGGACAGCGUGCACGCCCCUCUCACGCCACGCUGCACGCCCCCCAAAGUCCGUGACCGCGCCCCGCCCAAGACCGCCCCACCCAAGACCCCCCCGCCGUACGGCUUCGUCACCGACGACAACGUGUUCGACGUGUGCCUGCUGAAGAACACCUCGGGCCUGGGCUUCAGCUUCAGCCGCGAGGACCGCGUCCCGGGCGAGACCCCCGGCGCCUCCAGCAUGGUCCGGGUCAAGAAGCUGUUCCCCGGGCAACCGGCGGCGGAGAGCGGCCGCGUCAACGUGGGCGACGUCAUCCUGCACGUCAACAAGACCUCCCUCAAGGGGCUCUCCCAGCAUGAGGUGAUCUCUGCUCUGCGGGGGGCCGGCCAGGAGGUGGUGUUACACCUCUGCAGGCCUGAACCAGGCCUUCUCCCGGACAUGGACGCCUCCAUCUUGACCCCCAAACCCUCCCCCCGCAAGGAGCUGUCAGUCCCCAGGCCCCAGCCCAGCCCCAGACUGGCCCGGACGUCCUCCCCCAGCCAGGGGGAGCCCUCGGGGGGGCUGGGCCCCGUGCAGGAGGCCCUGGAGCGGCUCCUGCAGCACAAGAACCCCGGGCGGCGCAACAGCUACAGUGACAGCACGGAGGAGGGCGGGGACGAGGAGGAGGAGGCCUUCAGCCCCGAGCGCAGCCGGCUGGAGGGCUGGGACAACAGCAUCUACAAGACCCCCAGCGGUACCCUGGGGGGGGGCAGGGGCCGCUUCGAGGGCCCCGGGCCCCUGGAUGACAGCACCCACUCGGCCUUCUACUCCCCGAACCUGUCCAUGGAGCGGUCCAGUCUGUCCAGCCGCAGGGUUCACUCCCCUCUGUCAGCUGAGCUGGAGUCUCCCACCCAGCCCAUGAUGUCCUCCCCCACGUCCCCCAGCCCCGACCCCCUGCCUCCCCCACUCCCCUUACCCCUCAACCUCACCAUACCCGGGAACGGACAGGACAUGGACGACCUGGUCCCGGAGGUGGAGCUGAAGGUGUCCCUGGUGAAGUCGGAGAAGGGCAGCCUGGGCUUCACCCUGACCAAGGGCAACGACCAGGGCUGCUACAUCCACGACAUCAUCCAGGACCCGGCCAGAGGGGACGGACGGCUACGAUCUGGAGACCGCAUGAUCACCGUGAACAACAUGGACGUGUCCAGCAUGGGGCACACGGAGGUGGUGAACCUGGUGCGGGCCGCCCCGGCAGUGGUGGACCUGACGGUGGGCCGAGUCCUGGAGGCCCCCAAGGGCCCCGUCGAGGCCCACCUGCUCCCCGACAUCUGCUUCAGCGGCGACACGGAGACACUCGGCCUGGUGCUGGACGGGGGCUGCGACAGCCCGUACGGCGUGCUGUUCGUCAAGGAGGUGCUGCCGGGCUCCCUGGCCGCGUCGGAGGGCAGCCUGCGGCCCCUGGACCUGGUGCACUACAUCAACGGGGCCCCUGUGCAGGAGCUGACGCUGAGCGAGAGCCGCCGACUGAUGGAGCUGAAGCCCAGCGAGCUCACGCUGAAGGCCACCAGGGAUGGGAAGGCGGUUACUCCUGGGCUUCAGAAAAGCGUUUCGUUUCUCAACAACAACGUGAGCGCCAACGUCUCAAACAGCAUGAAUGGUUUUCUGCAAGGGAGUGACCAUAGCGAAGAGGACUGCCUGUCAACACUUUGUCCGAUAGAGGAGGAGAUCACCAGGCUGCAGUUGGACAAGCCGCCAGAAGGGGGCCUGGGCUUCUCCGUGAUUGGAGGGGAGAGGGGCAUCUUCGUUAAGUCAGUGACCCCGGGGGGCUUGGCCGACGCCUCGACCAAGCUCCGGGUGGGAGACCGCCUGCUACGGGUGAACGAGGAGCUGAUGACGGGCGUGUCCCACACCAAGGCAGUGACCACCAUCCGCCGGGCCAAGGGCCUGGUGCAGCUGGUAGUGAGCCGGCCCCCGGACCACCACCCCAGCCCCUACCUCAGCUACCUGCCCAUCACCUCGGACAAGUGCAACGGCAACACAGAUGUGAGUGAAGACAGUGGAGUCAAGACCAAGAUGGGUACCCCGCGGGACGGCCUUCCUUCCAUACCCCCAAUAGACUACGACCAGGCCGGCGCCGGGGGCCGGAGGGGCAGCGAGCAGACCACCGAGCUGUCGGAGGACACGGACUGCGACGGCUCCUCUCUACCUGAGGACUCACCUGAGGGCUCCCGGAAAGUGGACUGGAAAGAGGAGAGUGUGGAUGACUUGAUGAACGAGAACUACCUGCAGAUGAGCGCGGGCCAGCCCGAGGAAGACGCCAUCACGUGGGGCAGUGACGAGCUUCCCAUGGAAGACAUGAGCAGGCCGGACGACGGGCCCAUCAUCAGCGAGGACCAGCUGACCUCGCUGCCCCUGGUCAAGGUGGUCCCAGACGGCCAGUACACGGGGACCCAUCUCAACGCCGUGGUCCGCAUGAUGAGGGGGCUGCUGGAGCAGAAGGUCCCCCUGCAGGAGUUUGAGAAUCUCCAGAACCUUCAGCCGCUGGACGACUGUUUGAUAGGUCAAACCAAGGAGAACAAGAAGAAGAAUCGCUACAAGAACAUUGUUCCAUUCGAUUCGACGCGAGUGACCCUGGGCCAGGAUGGCGGCUACAUCAACGCCAACUUCAUCACCAUGGCGGUGAAGGACGAGAGCUACCCGUUCAUCGCCUGCCAGGGCCCCCUGCCCACCACGCUGGGGGACUUCUGGCAGAUGGUGUGGGAGCAGAAGGCCAACGUCAUCGCCAUGAUGACCCAGGAGGUGGAGGGCGGCAAGGUCAAGUGCCAGCGCUACUGGCCCGACACGCCCGGCACCGCGGAGAUGGUGGACGAGAGGCUGCAGGUCGCGCUGGUGAAGGACCAGCACCUGGAGAACUUUGUCAUCCGCUUCAUCGAGGUCAAGGACAUGCAGACCAACGAGGUCCAGCGGGUCACCCACCUGAACUACACGGGCUGGCCCGACCACGGCACGCCCUCGCAGCCCUCCCACCUGCUCACCUUCAUCUCCUACAUGAGGCACAUCCACCAGUCGGGCCCCGUCAUCACGCACUGCAGCGCGGGCAUCGGCCGCUCGGGGACCCUGAUCUGCAUCGACGUGGUGCUGGGGCUCAUCAGCAAGGACACCGACUUUGACAUUUCCGACGUCGUGAGGAACAUGAGGCUUCAACGACAGGGAAUGGUCCAAACCGAGGAACAAUAUAUUUUCUGCUAUCAGGUGAUUUUAUACGUGCUCAGAUGUCUUCAAGCUGAGGAGAAGCUCUCAGGAUAGCAUGGAG